CAGGCUGGGCUUGCCAUGGUGCUGGGUGCCAUCCUGGCACGAGGGCGGGACGUGUGCCGGCGGAAUGGACUGCUCAUCCUGUCUGUGCUCUCUGUCACCGUGGGCUGCCUCCUCGGCUUCUUCCUGAGGACCCGGCACCUCUCACCACAGGAAAUUAGUUACUUCCAGUUUCCGGGAGAGCUCUUGAUGAGGAUGUUGAAGAUGCUGAUCCUACCACUGGUGGUCUCCAGCUUGAUGUCCGGCCUCGCCUCCCUGGAUGCCAAGACCUCCAGCCGCCUGGGCAUCCUCACUGUAGCGUACUACCUGUGGACCACCUUCGUGGCAGUCAUCGUGGGCAUCGUCAUGGUCUCCAUCAUCCACCCGGGAAGCGCAGCCCAGAAGGAGACGACGGAGCAUAGUGGGAAGCCCAUCAUGAGCUCAGCAGACCCCCUGCUGGACCUCAUUCGGAACAUGUUCCCAGCCAACCUGGUGGAAGCCACAUUCAAACAGUACCGCACCAAGACCACCCCCGUUGUGAAGUCCCCCAAGGUGGCACCGGAGGAGGCCCCUCCUCGGCGGAUCCUCAUCUAUGGGGUCCAGGAGGAGAAUGGCUCUCAUGUGCAGAACUUCGCCCUGGACCUGACCCCACCGCCCGAGGUCAUUUACAAGUCGGAGCCUGGCACCAGCGACGGCAUGAACGUGCUGGGCAUCGUCAUCUUCUCUGCCACCAUGGGCAUCAUGCUGGGCCGUAUGGGUGACAGCGGGGCCCCCCUGGUCAGCUUCUGCCAGUGCCUCAAUGAGUCCGUCAUGAAGAUCGUGGCAGUGGCUGUGUGGUACUUCCCCUUUGGCAUCGUGUUCCUCAUCGCUGGCAAGAUCCUGGAGAUGGACAACCCCACGACCGUGGGAAAGAAGCUGGGCUUCUACGCUGCCACCGUGGUGUGCGGGCUGGUGGUGCAUGGCCUCUUCAUCCUGCCCCUGCUCUACUUUUUCAUCACCAAAAAGAACCCCAUCGUCUUCAUCCGCGGCAUUCUCCAGGCCCUGCUCAUCGCGCUGGCCACCUCCUCCAGCUCAGCCACACUGCCAAUCACCUUCAAGUGCCUGCUGGAGAACAACCACAUCGACCGGCGCAUUGCCCGCUUCGUGCUGCCCGUGGGCGCCACCAUCAACAUGGAUGGCACCGCACUCUACGAGGCUGUGGCCGCCAUCUUCAUUGCCCAGGUCAACAACUAUGAGCUGGACUUGGGCCAGAUCAUCACCAUCAGCAUCACAGCCACCGCAGCCAGCAUCGGGGCAGCUGGCAUCCCCCAGGCCGGGCUCGUCACCAUGGUCAUCGUGCUCACCUCUGUGGGACUUCCCACUGAUGACAUCACCCUCAUCAUCGCUGUCGACUGGGCUCUGGACCGUUUCCGCACCAUGAUUAACGUGCUGGGUGAUGCACUGGCCGCCGGGAUCAUGGCUCAUGUCUGCCGGAAGGACUUCGCUCAGGACACGGGCACCGAGAAACUGCCGCCCUGCGAGACCAAGCCAGUGAGCCUCCAGGAGAUCGUGGCGACCCAGCAGAAUGGCUGUGUGAAGAGCGUGGCUGAGGCCUCAGAGCUGACCCUGGGCCCCACCUGUCCCCACCACGUCCCCAUCCAGGUGGAGCAGGAUGAGGAGCCAGCUGCUGCCAGCCUGGACCACUGCACCAUUGAGAUCAGUGAGCUUGAGACCAACGUCUGAGCCUGCGGAGCUGUAGGGGCCAGGGCAGGCCUCCAAGAUUAGGGGCCAAGGGCAGGAUCUCAACUCACGACUUUCCUGGGCACAAGGAC